UGACAUUAGUCAAUGUUUCUUCACAUGUUUGAUUGAUUUGUAAUGGAUGUGUAACAAACUUUGAUAUCAAUUUAAUAUGUAAAAUGAUGAACAAUGUCAUUAUUCACUUGUGAAAUUUAUACAUUAUUCUCAUAAAAUGUCACUAAAUAAAUGCAGAAAUAUUGAGAUUGUUAAAAUCAAUUUUCUUCUCAGAAAUAAUAAUGUUUCAGUGACGAAUGCAACAUAAAUGAAUACAGACAAAUUGGAAGGUAAUAGUGGGAAUGAGUAUUCCCUGCCUGCCAAGCGACCAAAAUAUGACACAAACAAAGAAACAGUGGCAGGUGUUUUUAAAACAAAUAAAGAGUCAACUAAAAAGUCUGCAAGAUCUGAUGAUAUAUGGGGCGAUGAUUUCGCAGAAGAAGAUAUAGAAGAGAUGGAUUUUGUGGCAACUCAAGCUUGCUUACAGGAACAAAAUGUUUUCAGUCAGCCAAAUAGAGAGCAAAAUGUGCCUACAGUACAAAGAUACUACAGUAUGCCAUCUACUAGUAAAGUUAUUUCUAAUUCGAAUCGUAAUGAAAGUAAAGUAAAGCCUUGUAUACCUGUACCUUCUAUGUCACAAAGUAAUACGGUAAAAAAAGAGAUGUUACAUUUGAAAGAUACAAGUACUGUUCUUUCUGUUGAUUACAAGGACUUUGAAGAUAAAUUACUAAAUAGAAAAGUACAUAAUUCAACAUUUAAAAUGGACAAUAAUAUUAUUUCAGAAGCAGAAUAUAUAAAGGAAUUGGAAAAAUUGAAACUUGAAAAUAAAAAGUUGUUAGACGAGUUUAUGACUAAAGAAGGGGAAGCAGUAUUUUUAAGAAACCAAUUGCAGCAGACACAAUUACGCGCAGAAAAUGAAAAAUUAGAAAAAACACGUUUUAUUGAAGAACAAGAAAAUCGACAUAGAGUAGAAAUAAAUGCUAUUUGCAAAGAAAAAGAACAUUUGAAAACUCAACUUGAAUUGCAAACAUUUGAAGUAAGAAAUUUAAUGGAACGUUUUAAAUUAUUAGAGAGUGGAAAUGUUCGGUUGACAGAGCCGCACAGUAUGAAUUUCAAUGUCUCUACAAAUAAAAAUAGAUUCAGUUCACCAAGGAGUCGGUCACCAGUUCCUAGUGUGAAACCAGCCAAAGUAAAAGAAACUUGUAUUCAAACUAAUAUACAUAAUAAAAAUCUAUUUUUGCUUAAGGUUUGGAACUCGUAUUAUCCUCUGUCUGAAAUUCCCAAAUUAAUCUAUGAUACACCACAACCAGAGAAAUCUGUAGUUGAUAUUCAAAUCAUAGAGAAAACUGGAAAACGAAAUUUACCUAUUUUACAAGAGGAAAAUACGUGUCGAAUAUUCGAAAACCCAGAAUUAGUAAAACCAGUAACAACUAUGAUAGACGACAAAAUGCUUACUGUCGAGUUUAUUUUCCCAGAAAUAUCUGUUCUUCAACAAAAAACGAAUAUGGAGCUUGAAUCAGAAAAUGUUAUACCCAUUAUAAAUAAGAUAAUUGCUACUGCAAGGGAACUGCUUUUGAACGUAAUAACUGUUCUUCAGACAAUCUUUCAAGCUAUGAACAACGACGAUAUUCGAGACAUGAACGAUAUUUAUUUCUCCGAUUUAUAUUCAAAUCCUAAUUUUAAUGGAAAAUCUGCGUGUGCAGCAAAUACGUGGCACGAAUGUGAACGUGGUGUUGAAACCAGACGAGUGUUUGGUGUACUAUCCUAUAUAAGUCUAGAAUCGACUUAUCUUAGCAAAUAUAUUGCAGGAAAAGCACGACUGCUUACAGAAAGAGAUGAAUCUUAUAAGUGUUAUUCGCAACACAUGAUACGCUACAAUAUGUGGUCGGAAAAGAAUCAGGAUUUUGAAAUACUCAGGAUGCUAUUGCAAUUCGUUACUUUAGUCGGAUCUACGAGGCGAGCACACCAGUUCAGUGGCCUUAUAUGUGCCAUUAUGAUGCUUGUAUAUAAUGUUCAUAAAAAGGUUGAAUACUGUUCUCAGGGAAUGGACUAUGUUUAUCGGAUAUUUAAAGAAAUAGUGUUUUCUAGACCAUUACCUUAUUGUUACGCGCUGCUUAGUAAUAUGAUAAUGAUCUUUGUUAAAUCUGCCACGUAUUUACCAAAACUUUGUAUUAAUUCACAAUCAAUGGCAGUGAAUAAUUGGAAAGGUUCUUUACAUUUUAUACCAGAUGCUUGCCCAUUACAGAUUUUUCUGGCACAAGUGGAAAAUCAUCAUUUUGAUCUGAUCGCAGCUAUAGACAUCACAGACACACUGUUGAAAUUUGUGCAAUACGUAUUGCAAACGAAUGUUAUCCCUCUAAGAUCUGAUACCUUGGAUUCCUGUAACUGUUGCAUGAAACUAUUAAGGUUUACAAUUAAAACUCUGAGCAAAUGUUCCGAAGUAAAUUUGAGCGCCCUUGGAGAUUUCAACUUAAAGAGGUUCCCUUUGAAACAAGAAGAAUCCUGCAGCUUGAAAAAUAUUUGUAGUAAACAUUCGCCGUUUUUGCCGGAAAGUGAUAAGAAGUGUAUACGUGAAAUCUAUCAGGAUAAAUUUUCGGACGAAAAUGCUUGGACGACCAUGAAGAGAAAACAAUCAAAAAUGUUAAGAGACGGAAUAAGAUUCCUGUCUCACUUGGCAAUAUGCGAUCCCGAUUUUGUCAUUCGAUUAUCUGAUGUUGAAGAUGCGUUUCAUUUGUUUAUAAGGAACAUAAACUCUUUUGAAGAUUUCGUUCUGCAUGAGAACGAACAGGAGGCCAUGAGUCGAAUAAAACAAACGUUCAUUUUCGAUAAAGUGUCGCAAUCCGAAAUCGAACAGGCUGAGAAAAACACCGUUACAAAACAGUUGGAUAUAUUAUCGAAUUUCGACGAAACAUCCGUGCAACCAGCAACCUCAAAUUCCAAGAAAAAUGAAAAUCUCUACAAAAUUUUAACUGUAUUCAAAUCUCUGUACAAAUAGAAAUCUCAGCGAAAAUAUUUGUACAUCACAAGAAGAAACGAAUCUACUUUAUGUAGAAACAACCGUGGAUUUGAAUUAUGAUGCCAUUAUUUAGUCACUGUAAUUCCUUGUAAAUAUUAAUUUAUAGCGUAGAUCGCUACACAUGUACUGUAAUAUAAAUAAACCUCGUAACAUUUUAUUA